GUUUGAUGUCAUCACAGAUUUCCCCAGGAAAGUAGCGCCGCGGUUGUUAUGGAGAAGCAUUUGCCCGGAGGGGCAGCGAGGGGGGCGAAGCAGCUGAUCGGCGGCGCACAUUCUGGGGCCGGAGGGCAAAGGCGGAAAUGAGCGCUGCGUUGCGCUGCGGUGGCGCGCGCGCUCUCGGGCUCGGCUGAUUGAUUGUCCAGCGGAUCUUGGCCUUGGAGCUGCAGACACAACAACGGGCUUUGCUCUGAGAGCCACGGCGGAGCAGGUCAGGUUCGGAACCCUGGCCGCUGCCCCUGUCGGAAUGUGCAGCAGGAAGCUUCUGGAAAACCAAAAGACCAUCUUAGGACUUGGAGGCCAUGAGGACUGCGGACCGUAAUGGUCGAAGGAGAACCGUAACAUAACCGUACCUUUACGUCGAUCGCUUCUGAUGCUGUCGGCCCACCUCCACCUCCAGCUGUAGGUCCGAAGACCGAGUAGUUCCCGGACUGGUGGCGUCGCCGUGGUCCUUGUGCCGUGGAGGCGCUCGGUUGCCGUGGGCUUCACCGUAAAUCACUACAGCGCGGUCCACGUCGGGGCUUCCCGGAGACCAUAUGAGAGGGUAUCUGCUGCUCUGGUGAGCCAUGGAAUUAGAGACCAAAGAAGAGUCUUCGUGUGGUCCAGCAGUUGCGGUUCAGAUGGACGCUGAUGCCCUCCUCUGUCCAGGGGUCUGAAAUACCGAUCCAGCGUCAGCGUCUCAACACACGCGCGCACCUCGGCGCAUCUGUCGCGUGUUUGUGUUCAUGGGCUUUGGCGUAGAACGUGCCGCGUGCGUUUCACGCCCCUCCAAACAAGGCUUCGUGUGUUUAGUUGAGCAGCACAGUGUGGAUGUUCACUUGGGACGGGAUUUGUAGGGUGCGUGGCAGGAUCAUACAGCGUGGGGCUCGUGUGGAUUCGGUGAGCUGCUGGGGUUGGUCAGUCCUUCCAACUGGAUCUGGUCCUGCUGGAAUGCUCUGCAUCGGGGUCUAGUUUGGACCUGGAUUCCUUUGGUCCCGCGCGCUCAUCUCCUUCACGUCGUCUCUUCGGUCACCGCUCGCCGAGAAUCUCUCGUCGCCGGUGUCCUCGUUGCCUCGGGAUGCGUGGAACCUGAGUGAAAUUAAACAAAAAAAAUUACAAGUCGUGCAGGAAGAGCAGCGUUUUGGAUUGGGACGAGAGUCCGGUGGAGUUGGGAGAGAUAAGGGCGGGGACGUCAUGGCGGACCACGGGGAGCUGCUGGCCGAAAUGUCCGCCGUGAGCCGAAUGUCAGCCGCCGAGCGCCUCAAACACGCGCAGAAGCGCCGCGCCCAGCAGCUCAAGGGUUGGGCUCAGCUGGAGAAGGAGGCGGCCCGGGGGGGCGCCAAGGUGGGCCCGAGAGCCGAGAGGACCCGCAGGGUGGCCUUCCCCGAUAACGUCACUCUGCUGGAGGCGGCCGCCCGCAACGACCUGAACGAAGUGAGGGAGCUGCUCAACAGCGGGGUGAGUCCAGACCUGUUCAACGAGGACGGCCUCACCGCCCUGCAUCAGUGCUGCAUCGACGACUUUGCGGAGCUGGUGCGCUGCCUGUUGGACGCGGGGGCGAGUGUGAACGCCUGCGACAGUGAGCUGUGGACCCCGCUGCACGCCGCCGCCACCUGUGGCCACACGGCGCUGGUUCAGCUGCUCAUCCAGGGUGGCGCCGAUCUGCUGGCGGUCAAUGCUGACGGCAACAUGCCUUACGACCUGUGCGAGGACGAGGGCACGCUGGAGCUCAUCGAGAUGGCGAUGGCGGAGCAGGGCAUCACUCAGGACCGCGUCGACGGGUGUCGCCGAGCCAAGGAGCUGGAGAUGACGGCGGACGUGCGCGCUCUGGUCCAGAGUGGAGCGGACCUCAACGCCAAGGACGACGGCGGGGCCACGCUGCUGCACGUAGCCGCAGCCAAUGGGUGGCAGUCGGUGGCGGAGCUGCUGCUCGAAGAGAGGGCGCUAGUGCAAGAGAGGGACUCUGAUGGCUGGACGCCGCUGCACGCUGCCUCCUGCUGGGGACACAUUCAGAUGGUGGAGCUGCUCGUCGCACAUGGAGCUGAUCUCAGUGCCAAGUCCGUCUUGGACGAGACUCCACUGGAUGUGUGCUCGGAUGAGGAGGUGCGAGCCAAGCUCCUGGACUUGAAGCACAAGCACGAUGCCAUCAUGAAAAGUCAGGACAGACAGCGAGGGACCCUGCAGAGGAGGGCUUCCAGCACCGGCAGCCGGGGCAAGGUGGUGCGACGCACAAGCGUCAACGAGCGUUCGAACCUGUACCGGCGCGAGCACCACAAGGAGGCCAUGGUGUGGCAGGAGCGCGGCCGCCAGUCGGAGUCCCAGGACGACGACGAGGACAGGCAGACGGACGCCGAACUCGACCGGCACGUCGUCCCGGCUGCUGGCUCGGGCUCCGGGGCGAACGCGGAGGAUGCAGAGGCUGGGGUGAGGACGAAAGACUCCGCUCUGGGGAACGGGGCGACGCCCCUGUCCUCCGUCUCGUUGCCGGGGGAGCUUCGCGAGGGCGGUCGUAUGGACCGCAGCGCCUCUUACCAGCUGACCCCUGCCGCCGUGGGAGUGGACGGCGUGGACAGCAUGAGCCGGGAGAAAGCCCAUCACACGCUCGCCGACCUGAAGCGCCAGCGUGCCGCCGCCAAGCUGCAGAAGCACCCGGCCCCCCCUCCGCCGCCGGGCCCGCCCUCGGGGGAGGGCGCGGUCCCGAGCGAUCCCGCUCCCUCCGCUCCCUCCACCCCCCGGGAUUCCUUCUUGGAUGGCGCCACCAUCUACUUCACUCCCGCCAGCGGGGACCCGCCGCUGCUCAAGCUGAGGGCGCCGGAGGAGGAGCCCCCCCCCACAAAGGAGCCCUGCUGCAGACUGAUGUAGCCGUGCGUACGCGCACGUACGGCGGCACAGGCGGCGAAAGACGAGUGCGCAC